AUGAUAAAUGGUUUUAGUAGGAAGUGGAUAGGUUGGAUUGAAUGGUGUGUUAAAGAAGCUCAGUUUUCUCUAUUAGUGAAUGGUGAUGCUACAAAUUUAAUCAAGCAUACUAAAGGAAUACGGCAGGGUGAUCCCUUGUCGCCAUUCCUUUUUCUUCUAGUUGUAGAAGUGUUCUCUAUGUUACUCAAUGAAGCGGUGGAAGACAACAAGAUUGGCGGAUUUCAGGUGUUAGAUGGUGGAACGGUGAUAUAUCAUCUUCAGUUUGCAGACAAUACAAUUAUAAUGAUAAAUGCAACAAGGGAGGAGGUUCGAAGAUUGUUGGUUAUUUUGUUAAUGUUUGAGGUGUUGACUGGUUUGAAGUUGAAUCUAGAAAAAAUUUCGAUGACAAGCAUAUGA